AUGGGUGUCCUCAAGAAGAAACAGAAACUGGAUGAGGAGUUGCUCGAAAUAAUUAUUUAUAACAUAUUAUCGCUAAUCAUUGUCAAUGGCGAAUUAAGUAAAACCUCCGCAAAAAAUAGAAUAAUUGAUUCAAUCAUUGUAAAAAAUGUUGAUUACAUUAUGAACAAGUGUUUUUUCCUCUCCUUAGGGAACAUUCAAAAAUUGCUUUUCGUGAUUGACUUGAUAUUGAACGAUGAAGUUGUGUACUACGAAUUUGGCAAAGUCCGCCAAAGGGAAAAUGCGGGAACUGCGAAAAAUGUGGAAAUUUUGAAAAUUGAAGAAGCUCCUAUCUGCAAAAGUAGCACAGUUGGCGCACAUGGUGUGGGCACCAUGGGGAGUCGUAUCUCACGUGUGCCUGUAAAUGAUGGCGGGAAAGACAAAGCCGAUUUAGGUAGAAUGCAAAAGUGUGCAAGGAAAGAGCUGCGGUUAAAUAGAACAGACGCUAGACGCUUUACCGAUAGGUAUAGUCUGAACAAUUAUAUUAAGGACAUUUUCCUGUACAUAGAAGAAAAAAACAUUUACCUUAGUUUAUUUCAUUUUAAUUAUAUAUUUAAAAAUAGCGCAGAUUAUCAACAAUUUUUUCUGCGAAGAUAUCAAAGUUACACGUUCGAGACGUUCUCCAGGGAUAUUAUGAAGUUAGCAGACGGAGGAAAUAGGUCCAGACGGCGAGGAGGGAAACUCACCUUGAAGCGUACUCACAAAAGUUGCGAUUCCACAAACAAACGCAUGAACAUGGGGAUAGGCAGAAGCGUGCGUGGAAACGAAAAAGGGAUCGCUAAUUUGUUAUAUAUUAAAAAAAAAAAAUACACAAAUUUGUACGAUGCUGUAAUAAAAUAUCACAAGGAAAAUUUCAAUUUAAUGGGAAAAGGGGAUAAUGGGGGCGCAGCAUCAUCAUCAUCAUCAUCAUCCUUCUCUUCUUCUUCAUUCACUUCGUUCUCCGCCUCUUCCGUACGGGACCACACAAGUAGUGUGCCAAUAACAAGUAACGGUACAACCGCCAUGCGUGGUGUAAAAUGGACUAAAGGAGGAACAGUCAUACCGGGCAUGCCUAAAAAAGAAAACAAUGCAAAUGCUCAAAAUAGUAACAAUUAUAAAAGCGGAAAUGAGGAGGAGGGGGAAAAUAAGGAAUACGUUCUAUAUGACAUUAUAAGUAGAGAAAAAAUAAAAAGGUUAUAUAAAUAUAAAAAGCACAAAUGCAAACUGAUUGAGAACAAUAAUUUCGUAACAAAAUCAUCAUACAUCCCCAUUAAUUUGUUUCCUAAUAAUAAUUUACAUGUAAAUAAUAUAAAGUUUCAAACCCUAUCAUCAAGCAUACGUGUAAAGAUGCACUUAGUCAUUUUAUUCACCAACUUGAUCCUAAUUUUCGAUUUGCUUAAUUCCUCCUUGUACCCAUGGGUGUACAAAUUUAUUUCUUUUCUUCUAAAUGUACUAAACAAUUUUAAUUGUAAAUUUUACGACUACCUGGAUAAUUCAUCACUACUCUCCCAUUUUAAUAAAGAAAAAUUGUUCAUACUUAAUAAGACUACAUGGGAUCACAAUUUUGUAACAAAGGUUAGAGAUGAUGUCAAUCGGGUUAGCAUCUCAAGUAGUGCAAAUAGCCUACCUGCAAAGGGAUCCUCCAUUUUAAAAAAACUUGUGCAAAAAAAUGCCAAGAAGGACAACAGAAUUAAUCUAAAUUUCCCAUAUACCAAUUGUGGUUAUAUUGAAAUCUACGAUAGUGAUAAAAAUGAAAAUGCGAAGAAACUUUAUUUCCACCACUUCGUUUCUGUUCAAAUUUUGAAAUACUAUUCCAUUUUGUCCCUAUACGAGAUUGAGAACUUAUAUAAAGGCAUAUUAUCUUGCCUGCUCGGAGAUAUAUACAACAGGACGAUCACCACUAUUUGCAUGUUCGAAAGGGAAGGAAGCCACUACUCCGUUUCACCCCCAAGUAGGAACAACAUGCACUUUAAAAAUAACUACUUAAAAAACAACAACAUCGAUUUGUAUACCUUAAUUGGGGAGUUUAUCAAACUAAGAUGCAACAAUAAAAGUGAAGAAGUAGUUAUAAAUGCCCUGAGGUAUCUUUAUCUCUUCGUUCUAUUUAAUUAUAUUACAAUUUGGGGGGAUUUUUCGAUCGCUUAUAAUUUUUUUGCGGGAAGAGACCAAGCCGAUCCUUGUGCCCAGGGGGAGGAAGACAAUGUGAAUAAUUACUCCAAUAGGAAAAACGUCAAUGCGGAUAACUCCUGUGACGGAAAGGACACUCAUAAUAUGUAUGACUUCCGAGAGACCGUUUUUGAUAGGAAAAAACUGGAGGAUCCACAACGUAGCGAUGUGGCCGACCUCAUCAACCAAAUUAACUUAUUCGCAAGAGAGAAUCAGGUAAGGCUAGAACUGCAAGAAUUUUGCAAAAGCAUCCAAGUGUCAGAGGGGGUAAGAACGAAUUCACAUUUCUGUGGGAGUCUAAUUACAUUGCCCUUUUAUGUAAACGUGGGCGUCUGUCAGAUGAUAGGCCACGUUAGAAAAAUGGAAAAAUUGAAUGGGGUCAGCAGUGAUGAAAAGGGGUUCGCUGAUAGGUUCGCUAGUUGUAAUGAAGAAAACCCCCAAGAUGAAUACCCACCCAAGGGGGAAAAAAGGAGGCAAAAAAGGAUCAUCGCCAUCAGGCACAAGUGCAAAAAGAUAAUACAAAAAAGGAUAACAAAAUUGUUAAGUAGAUAUUCCCCUUUGGUGUUCCAUUUCACUCGAUAUGCCCCCCUUUUUGCAAGCACCUUGGCUGACAUACUAAAAAAGAAUAACUAUUUUUUGUACCAAAAUGAUAGUUACCGAUUUUCUGUAUGUGUUAAUUACCUUUACAUGCUUUACGAAGAAGUGAAUGAAAGUAUCAUUGUAGAUUUUUAUGAGAAAAUUAUCCUAGUUAUAAAAAAUGGGUUCUACACACAUAUUAGUAAAAUAAUCAUAAUAUAUAUUUUUUCGUUUUUUUUAAAGAAAGAAUUAAUUUUGAAUUUGUGCGAAAGGGACAUUAAUCAGUUCUUUCCUUCUUUUUCCGACUCGAAAGAUUUAGCAAUUAUCAAGUAUUAUUUUGUUCUGAAAUUUGUGCAGUAUAGGCCUAUACCUAUUAAGUUGGAAGAGGUACACAAAAAAUUGUAUACCUAUCACCACUAUGCAGUCGUAGGAGACACUACUAAUAAUGGAAAUCCCUGUUGUAGUGAAUUUCCCCCCUGGAAGGACCACUCCUUAGGAAUGAUACCCUCACAAAAAUAUCCAUUCUGCAAGUACACACAUGAAGUAAUAACUGAUAGCGCCACAUGUGGAGGAGAACAAAGUAGUAGCCAUAGAAGGAAUCUUCACCCCAUUGUACAAUCACCAUAUUGUAAAGAAGAAAUUAGGCAAAACUCACUUUUAGAGGAAAGGUCCAGUUUGGUAUACACCAAUGAGUGGAAACGUGAUUGCAACACGUGCGGGAAAAAAUUGCAAAAGACGAGGUUGCGUUUGAUGUUUGACUCCAGAGAAAGUAUUUCACAGUUGGGUGUGGUUAGUAGAAAAGAAGAAGAAGAAGAAAAGAACGCUAAUGGGAGAAGUGUGCAAUCACAUAUAAAUGCUCUUUACCGUAAAAGAGCAAAUGUGGAACACGCCAAAGGAGCCAAAUCGAUUGACAAACUUUCUGAAGUGUGCGUGAAACAUAGCAUGUGUAGUGAAAACACAUUGGAGGAAGACCACUCCGGAUAUCCUUUUCCGGAAAAGAACAAUUUGAUCUAUGAGAAAAAAAUAUAUUUUCUUAUAUUCGCGUACCAUCUCUUAAAGUGCAAUAGUCAAUCUAGGCAAUUGGCGCAAAGGCUGAAGGUGGAACUGCUCCAUAUGUUAGUAUCCAACAUGAACUCAAUUCACAUAAUCUAUUUUAUGUUACAUUAUUUGCAUGAGAAAAAAGAUUUGCAAUUAUUCUGCGCUAUCCAAAAUGGCGUGUUAAAAUGCUUAAUGAAAAUGAAGCCAAGUUAUAAGCUCAUCAAUUUUUUGGCAUUCUUUUUUUACCUAGUAAAAAUCAAAUAUACAAAUGUUAAGGCCAUUAUGAAGAUGCUCAGCCAAGUGUUCAAAAAAUAUGAAUUCAAUUUGAAGGUUUAUAUGGUCAUGUUUAAAAUUAUAAAAGUACUUUUACAACGUCAUGAAAUUUCGGACAGCUACCCAUUUAUUCUUUCCAUUUUGAGGCAUAUCAAAGAAAGCGAUUAUGUGUAUUUACACACCACGUGUAUGUACUACAUAAAUAUAAUUCAAAAUAAAAUUUCCUUCCUAGAGUGCACUAAAUUCGGAAAAAAACGUCCACAUUAUAGGAGCGAUCUGACCGAGGCAGAUGCCAACUCUCUGGGUGACGAUCCAGAAAGGACCCAAAGGAUCAGCAGCAUAAACGUAAAAUAUGAAAAAAAAAAUGACACAUCGAAUUUUAUUAAAUUAAAAAUUCACAAAUUAGACAGAAGAAAAUUACUAUCUCUUAAGGAUAACGGAUCGACAAUUUUUUACGCCCAACGUGGUGCAACAAGUCCCGACAUGGUACCUGACGGCACACUUUCAUUCCCCUCCGACCAUUACUAUAAUAGCAACGAUUUUAGCUCAGACUCUUUUUACAGCAUCUACAGGGACGACUCGUAUAGCUUAAAAAAUUAUUGCACCUACAUUGCUACUACGGAGCAGUGCAUUUACUUUCCCUUCAUUUUGAGGUACUCUCUCGGUGUAGAAACAACCGGGGGAAGAGACACACACCCUGGGAAGAGAAGUCACAUUGGACCCAAGAAUGUUAUCAGAGUAGCACCCAGUAACAUACUCCACAAAACCGAACGUGGCAGAAAGCAAAAAAAGAACAGCAAACGGGACACACCACGUGGAGACCCACUUUGGAACCCAAACGAAACACUAUUCUGCCUAAAUGUCUGCUUCGUGCACAAGGGGGAUUUCGUGAACAUACAUAACGUGUACAUUCCGUACAUACAACUAAGUCACGAGUGUCCCAUUAGCAAGUAUCGCUGCUCAGGAAAAGAGAAAGAUAACGAAGGGGUAGAGAUGGAUAAUCGUUAUGAAUAUACAUGGGAAGAAGAUGCAUUGUUCAGAAGGCUACCCCGAAGAAGAAAAAUUUUGUCACUGAAAAAAAAAAACUUUUCUAUCGUCCGCUAUAGCUGUGCACUGUACAAGGGAAAGGUAAGGUACGCGAUCAGGGUGCUAAUUAGAGGGUUAAAACGGGGAAGGGGAUCCAUGCACGAGGAACCUUCCAUGUGCAAGUCGAAGGGGCACUACCCAAACGAUGCAAUAACCAAACCAGAAAGUCGAAAGAAGAAACACAUUGCAGAUAACCAAACGCAUGGAACCCAUUUUGCAGACCUAAAAAGAGAUGUAAUAAAAAAGGAAGCAUAUAAAAUAAAUUGCAUGAUAAAAGGAAAUCCAUUUUUAAAGAGAGAAAAGUGUCAUGUGGGGGGGAUAGAUGGAAAAGUUAACCAAAGCAGAAACGAGACAGUAGAAAAAACGACCAGUUCAUACAAAUUGUUAAUUAAAAUAGGAGUGAAAUUACUAAUUAAGAGCAAGUUCUAUGCAUAUAUCGUAUACAUAAAUAGGGAAAAAAAAACUUUCAAAAGAUUUCUAGGAAAAUAUAAUUUAAAUUUUGCGGAUUUCUUCCAACCAUUUAGAGCCAACAUUCAAUUCUGGAAAAAUAUUUUUGAAGAUGUGUGGAAUGGGAAAAUUGGGAAAAUGUAUAAGUCGUCGAAAUAUUUGAACAUGACAUCGGAUAAAGUUCUCCAAAUUAUUAAGAAAAAGUUACACCCAUUUGUGGUCCAAGGAAAUGUUAAUGUAAAAAAUUGGAACGUCUAUAAUUUUCGCCAUUAUAAAAUGCACGUAGGCAGAAACUACUGUCUGAAUGAAAAAUAUUAUUAUGCAUAUGGGAGUAAAAACAGGAAAAUUAAUAACCCCAUUUUUGAUGAAUUUUACAUUGAUAACUAUCCUCUCGGUUCGAGUGAAACCGAUGGGACGACUAGCACGACAACGAGUCGAAUGAAAGCAUAUAAUCUUAGGGCCAAUGGAAAAACCAAAAAAAAGGAGACACAUUACCUCAGAUACAAACCUAAUUUUAUGAAUACACUUUUGAAUGAUAUUUUACGUCAUUCUCUCCAUGACAACCAUGUGGAUGUAGCAAAUCUGAACAAAUGCGAUAAAGGAAGCGCAAAAGUGAAUCGUGCCAAAAAUAGGACUAUCCUAAAAAGGAACAAUAAUGAGCGUACUACAUUUUCUACUCUACGCGUAAGACGUAUAUUUCAUCUGAAUAUUAAUCGGAUGAUUAGGGGAAAGGGAAAGUGCACGAAAAGAAUUAACCAAACGGAUGGGGACAGCGCGGUGCGCAAAAUAAUUAAAAAAGGGAACCCUCAGCAUGAUGGCCAUUCGAAAUAUAAAAUAAAUCCUUACUUCUCGGGGGAAGAACAGGGGAAAAAAUGUAGGACCAGGCCUAGGACUAGGACAAACCACGACCUGAUUAAAAAAUUCGUGGGAAUUUUUCUACCACCAAAGCAUCACCUACUCAUGGUCUUUCACAUCCACGAGUGGUCCACCGCGGUUCAGAUACGUACUGAUAACUUAAACGCCCUCAACUAUUUGAACUCCUUUUUCGAUGAAUGUACGGCUGCAUUCUGA